AAAGCGGGCCUGUCCCUUUAAGGGGGUUGGCUGUCAAUCAGAAAGCCCUUUUCAUUGCAGGAGAAGAGGACAAAGAUACUCAGAGAGAAAAAGUAAAAGACUGAAGAAGGAGACUGGAGAGACCAGGAUCCUUCCAGCUGAACAAAGUCAGCCGAAAAGCAGACUAGCCAGCCGGCUACAAUUGGAGUCACAGUCCCAAAGACAUGGGCUUGUUAGAGUGCUGUGCAAGAUGUCUCGUAGGGGCCCCCUUUGCUUCCCUGGUGGCCACUGGAUUGUGUUUCUUUGGGGUGGCACUGUUCUGUGGCUGUGGACAUGAAGCACUCACUGGCACAGAAAAGCUAAUUGAGACCUAUUUCUCCAAAAACUUCCAGGACUAUGAGUAUCUCAUCAAUGUGAUCCAUGCCUUCCAGUAUGUCAUCUAUGGAACUGCCUCUUUCUUCUUCCUUUAUGGGGCCCUCCUGCUGGCUGAGGGCUUCUACACCACCGGCGCAGUCAGGCAGAUCUUUGGCGACUACAAGACCACCAUCUGCGGCAAGGGCCUGAGUGCAACGGUAACAGGGGGCCAGAAGGGGAGGGGUUCCAGAGGCCAACAUCAAGCUCAUUCUUUGGAGCGGGUGUGUCAUUGUUUGGGAAAAUGGCUAGGACAUCCCGACAAGUUUGUGGGCAUCACCUAUGCCCUGACCGUUGUGUGGCUCCUGGUGUUUGCCUGCUCUGCUGUGCCUGUGUACAUUUACUUCAACACCUGGACCACCUGCCAGUCUAUUGCUUCUCCCAGCAAGACCUCCGCCAGUAUAGGCAGUCUCUGUGCUGAUGCUAGAAUGUACGGUAUUCUUCCAUGGAAUGCAUUCCCUGGCAAGGUGUGUGGCUCCAACCUUCUGUCCAUCUGCAAAACAGCUGAGUUCCAAAUGACCUUCCACCUGUUUAUUGCUGCAUUUGUGGGGGCUGCAGCCACAUUGGUUUCCCUGCUCACCUUCAUGAUUGCUGCCACUUACAACUUCGCCGUUCUUAAACUCAUGGGCCGAGGCACCAAGUUCUGAUCUCCUGUAGAAAUUCCCCUUUCUCUAAUAGCGACGCUCUAACAGCCCAGCCUACAAUGCUGCGUCUCCCACGUUAACUCUUUGCCUUUGCCACUGAAUGGCCCUUUUCUUACUUGAUGAGUGUAACAAGAAAGGAGAGUCUCGAGAGGACCCAGGUCUCUUGGUGAACUCUCCCCUCUUAUGUACCUCUUUUAGACAUUUUGCUUCACAGCUGGUUCCUGCUAGAAAUGGGAAAUGCUUAAGGUGGUGACUCCCCAACUGCAAGUCACAAAGCAAUGGAGGCUCUAAUUCAAUUGGCAACCAGGAAGCGUGUUCUUCUCAAAGGGCACUGCCACCGGUGGAAAGAAAGAUGCUCAGGUAGAGGGAAGGGAGGUACCAGUUCCCCUGCCAUCUAGAAGGGCCAGCUCUAGUCUCCUUGGUGUACAAAGCAGAGGACUCAUUCCUGUCUCCCUGUUACCACUGAAGAAAAAAAGAAUGCCAGCGAAAUAAUAAGAGCAUUUACGCAAACCUCCCUGUUGCAGCUGGGAAAAGGGGGUCAAAGCAAGGAUCUUUCACCCGUAGAGAGAGAGCACUGACCCCAAUGGCGAUGGGUAAUUAAGGCCCUAACUCAGCCCACCUUACUUACAGCAUAGGAGAGCGCAGUGUCUGUGUAGACAAAGGGCACCUGGCCACGCACCUUGUUAGAGAAGAGAGAAAGGGUGUUGUCAGCAUCUUCUCACUCCCUUCUCCUUGAUAACAGCUACCAUGACAACCCUGUGGUUUCCAAGGAGCUGAGAAUAGAGAGAAACUAGCUCAGAUGAAAAAAGACUGGCCACAGAGAGGCAGUCGCUGUGGCUAGCGGUGUAAACUGGGCCAGCCCUUUGGUAGACACAGGACUGAUAACCCUUUGGAUAGCAUGUCUUUCUUUUCUGUUACUUCGUUGUGUUCUCUGGCCUCUGUCAUAUCUUCACAAUGGUGCUCUUUUCAGGGGGUAGGUCCAUUCAGUAGUCAUCAUAAAUGAUUUGAAGAUCUUGAUUAGUUUCAGAACAAUGCGCAUUUCAUAUUUUCCAGUUUGCUUACUACUUGUUUAGGGUGGUCCCAGAAAGGUUGGGAGAAUGAUUCUUUAUGAUUCUUUUUAACAAAUGGAAGUUGGACAUUAAGCAUCACAAAUGCUGUUUAAAAUGUACUCAUUCUGUACCUCUAUUUGGAUUGUCUACAAAAUUAUUUUGCAGAAACAAAUUUUGGUGAAUUCGAACCACAGUUGGAAUGACCUGCUUGUCCUUUUCAGCUAGUGAGAGAUGGUUUGAGCUAGCAAUGUUACCUAAGCAUGUUAAAGAGUCAGGUUUAACACUCCAGUUUUUCUCUCCUGCUGUAGAUCACAUUACCAGACACACCAGCCGUCAGCUAUUUAGCUAAGAUCCCACAGCAAAGCAAAGGUGGAAGAGUUUGAAACCAGAAUAGCUUCUGGGUUUCAGUCUUCUCUUUCUGUGCUUGUUAACUCUGGGUUAAAAAAUAAAAGGCUGAUUGGUGAAGGAAAACAUUUUAUAGGUGUGACUGUAGGAGGGUCUAUUGUUUUAAAGAGUUGUUUUUGCUCCCCCUACCAUCCGCCCCCAAGUGGCUUCAGCAAUAUUUAAGGAGAUGUAAUAUCUUUGCAGAGACACUUGAUAUUUGCUUUCAGACCAGUAUACAAGAGAGUCUUCCAGGCUGCGUAGAGGGAGGAGAUGGAAAAGGUUCUGUAAGAAACCAAUCAAGAUCAAGGAAAGUGAAGUACUCCAUAUCUUGUGUUUUGUUUUGAUUUAAUAACAUAACCAAUAACCUUCCUUGAAAACCUCCCAUGCAUACGGACACAUAUACACAUGAAGAGAGUUAAUCAACUGAAAGUGUUUCCUUCAUUUCUGAUAUAGAAUUUCAAUUUUAACACACAUAAAGGAUAAACGUUUAGAACUUAUCUUACAAAAUGUAUUUUAUAAAAUUAAAGAAAAUAAAAUUAAGAAUGUUCUCAAUCAAA